AUAACUUCUCCGUCACAUUUAAUGCUGUCAACCUCUUAAUCCUCUUCGUCAUAAUUCCAUGACCGCCAAGUGAUUGACCAUCAUUUCGGAUCUUCUUGGCGGGCUUAGAAAUUGUGAAUUCUUUUUAUAAGGCACAGGAUCGGGGCAUUGAAUUCGACAAAUUAAGGAUAUUAUACGGGUGCUAUCCCUUUCGCAAAUCUACGCCGAAUUAUAUCAAAACUUCAUCCGCAUUCAAUCUUACUAGCUGGCUAGUGAUCUUCUUUUCCAAAGAAGUAUUCCAACACAAUCAAACAGGACUCCAUCCUGUCUACGAAGAUAACAUAAGCUGGAACGAUAAAGUGGCUGCGAUAUACCUCAUGCAUUGUUACGAGCACGACUUUAUUCAUUCAGCUUGACGAAUUCCAUCAUGAAGGAUCCUUCAGGCUCGACAGGUAGACCUCUGCGGGAGCCAAGAAGUACGUUAAGCUUGCGAAAUAUAUCUUCGCCCAGUCUUGUACCUUUCGACGCUUCAUCUUCAAAGCCUGCAGCCGGAGCUGAUGCAUUUGACGUGAUCGUUCAGGCCUCCAAUCCUUCGCAUCCUCAACAUGCUGCUUGGGUUGAACGAUAUGGAGGGAGCAUUCGAAAUACUCGCAAAAGCCUUGAUGGAUCAUCUACCUCCUACCAAGCUGCGCAAUCGUCUACUUCACGACCUCCAUCAUUGCGAAGAAGCAGAUCAAAAACCGCAUCCAAAGUUGGCACUUCUCACACUUCAACAACUCCUAACGCCAAAUCAAGACCUGCUCUGAACGAUGUAAUGAUGGUACCUGAUGCAAGUGUGUGGACGCUUUUGGCCAAUCAAGGUGAGGCGACGGCUGAGUCUGAGCGAUCACAGAAUAGACGUCAAGCAUCAGCCCUAGAGAAAAGUGCCGACGAGGCGAAUGUCAACAAAUCACACCGAGAAGGAAGUGGAAGGAUACGAACAUCGUCCCAAGAUAUCAGAUCUGAUGCGACAGUAGGUGCUUCCUCUGUCAAGACUUCCGCAACCGAACGGGGCCAGAGAAGAAAGCGAAAGAAGGAAAAAGGCAAAGGAAGGGCUGCCGCUCCACCAGUACCGCCUCCACGAACUACGAGUCAUGCAGCAUAUCAUGAGCAGGCGCAAGAUGCUCUUUCUCCGAACGGUGGUGAAGGAGAGGCAAGUACAUCUCCUACAUCUCUUCCAUAUCUUUCUAAAGCUUCUUUCGAUGCCAGCACCAGUCCGAUCAAUCUUUCACCAAGACUGGCAGAUGACGCUCGCUUACGUCAUGGAAACGAUCGAAUGGGUAGUAUCGAUGAGCGUAGAGUGGGUAUUCAAUCGCCAUCGCUUCUAUCGCCAAUGUCUGCCAGUGCUUUCCCGCUGAGACAAUCAUCAGUAGAUCCGGAACUACCUCAAGGCAGUCCAGCUUCGACAGCUUCUUCACCACCACCUACCCGUACGAUGUUUGGCAACCUUACACAUAGCUUGCCAGGCAGACGAUCGGUUGAUUUUCGUCUACCCGAUGAUGAUGUGAUGAAACUAAGGCAAGAGAGUGCCAAAACUCCACGAAAAGGUUUGAAUGCAAUCUUUUCUCCUCUUCGUGGUGCAGUAGCGGCGAGAAGGGCGGACAAACAAGCAGCAGCAGCAGCUCCUUUGCAAUCGGAAGCCAAGAAGCCCUUACCUAUCCUACGAGUUGCAACUCCGCCCCGUGCUUCUGUUGACAUUCCGCAAAGAGCCGCACCUGUUCCACCGCCCCGUGCUUCGAUUGACAUUCUGCAAAGAACCGCACCUGUUCCGCCUCCUCGUUCGCCUCUACGUCGCUCGCCAAAUAUCCCACAGGAAGAGAACGGCCAUACUGGUGAGACGCUGGCUGGUCAGGUGCAAGAAAGGAAAGAAUCGCCACCAGUAUUUGUGAUCGGCAAAAAUUCCGCACCAAACACACAAGUGACGUCGGGCAGUGGCAUAUCGCAGACUGCACCUGCAGUAAACGCGAUUGUGCAUGACGGGACCCCAUCUGUUGUGAGAUCUCAAGCAAAGGAAUCUAGUACACCUUCUAUGCAAACGACAAAUUCAAGUGACACAACUGCACGAUCUCAAAAGACAUUUGUCUCGCUUCCCAAAAGUGCUUCACAUGGCAGAUCGUUCAGUAUGGAUACAGAAGAUGGUCAAGAAUUUCAUGAUGCGGUGAGCGAUGAAGGUGGUCUUGGGUCGUCUGAUGAUGCAAUGCCAUCAAAUACAUCAGCAACGAAGAAAAGACGGUCUCGCCAUAAAAGUAUUGAGGAUGUCAAUGCUGCUCGUUUACAAGCUAAAGAAGCCGCUUUGAAUGAACCACUUCCUGAUUCAAUCAAGCAAGGCGAAAGUACAGAAUUUGACUUGAACGCUAGACAUCGACGUGAUAGCAGUGCUUCAGAUGAUAUGAUACCCCCAGCAAGUCGCAAGAAUUCUCUAAGGCGAAAGGUAAGCAAAAAGCAAAUUAAAACUCCUGCGACCAAGAAAGACGUGAUUACAUCGCCAAUGCCAAAUUCUCCUAGAGUUGAGCAACCGGACGACAGAGCGAACAAGCAUCAAUCACACAGACAGUCUGCUGCCACUAUCACUAAUUCAAAUUCAUCGAAAAAGGAAGCAGGGGCAGGUGUGGGAGAGCUUGAUGGAAGGAGAAAGACCGUCACUCAAUCUUCUGUGGAUGAGGGAAUCAGUCAGCCUUUCGUAAGCAUUGACAGUGAGCAAGCGGUACCAAAAGAAUUGCCGGAGAUUCCAAAUGCAGAAUUCACUCCUACGCCAACAAGUCUGGAAAACGGGUUUCAGCAGCUCAAUCUCGGCUUUUCAAAAUCACAAAGUUCGCGUGAUAUUGCUGAGAGCUAUAGAGCCUCUCAUCGUAAAGCUGCAGAAAAGGCUAGUAUAGACUACAAGCAACUUCCUCUGCCACCACCACCGCCUCCGUCAUUGCCAAGUUCGCCAGUAGAUGAAACUCUCAAGAGACAGAUUGCACAUCAAAGAUCGUAUUCUCGCAUGAUGAAUCAGAGCCAAUCCAGUAGCAACACCGGGAAGAUCUCCGGUGUCUUUUCUAGAAUGCGAAAGGACAAGACCCCAAGUUUCUCACAUUUUCCUGGGUCUGAUUCGCAUAGCACAUCGCUCAGUGGUAGCACAUCACAGCUGAACCUCAUUUCGCCCAGUCAAUCCCCGGUACAGGAUGAUCGUAAUAGUGGUGUUGGUUUGGGAAUUGAUACUGUAUCAAUGCAAAGUAGCAAAGGUACAAAUACGUCCGAUCAGCACUUUCCAAGCUCUCCAUCUCCACAACAGCCAGUACGCUCACCUUCUGGUGAAAGUGGUUGGCGUAAUCGUUUACCAUCAUUCUCAGCAAGUAGGGCUGCCAAAGCGCAAAAAGGCGAAAAGGGUAGAACCGACUCCAAUCAACAGCAGCCGCCAGCGCCUCCACCUAUUCCACGACAGCCAUCGAGCAGCCAAAUGCAGCGUCAACAGCUGCUAUAUGAAGCAGUGGCUCACAGUAUGAGCGAUAAUUCGAUGGUGCAAAAGACUGUUCCUCCUUCACCUACAAUUCACAAGACUUUGAGUCCUGCUUUAUUGAGGGAGGAAAGACAUGAAGCUGAUGAGGUUGGCAGCUUCAUUGGAUCGGAAGAGGCAGAAGAGGAACGUUUGGCGGAUAGUAGACGAGGCACAUGGAACUCUUUCAGUAAUUUUGAGUUGGCACCCAACAAAGUAUACGAUGCCAGUGGUGAAAUGAGCAAUUCUUCUCAGCCACCAACGAUUGACAUUCAAGGUCCUUCGAUACCCAAAUCGAAUACCACUCCUUCAAAUCUGACUUCAGGAUCCUUCUCUUCUCCAAUCACGCCUCAAAUCAAUGAACCACCAAACUCUCGCUUGAGAGCGUCUAGGUCAUUCUCACCCGAUUUCAUGAAUCUUUCAAUGACAGCUCGACGUCUGUCUCGCUCAUCUUCCAAUCCAAAGUUUCAAAUGGUACCUCAAGCACUAGAUUUAUCGCCCGGGAAAGCCAACAAUCUUCGUAGACACGAAUCGCCUUCUGAUGGCAUGGAGUUUGAGCCUUACGAUGAUCGCACAUCGCCUUUCUUGGGCAAUAGCCCUGCCAUUCACGACAAUAAUGGAAAAGAAGCCAUCGGUUCUCUGUCUUUUCCUUCAAGUCCUGGUCAAUUGUCAAUUGGUGGAAAUGGAAAUGAGUCAAAGAGAAAUCGCAAUUUGAGUAUUGGAAGUACACUGCUGGGCAAUAUCACAGGCGGCGGAAAUAACAACGGCAAUCCUUCCAAUACCAUCAAGCCAAGGUCGAGUUUUGCAAUGGACAGAGAUCGAUCGCCAGUUGUAAAUCAAGCCUGGGCAGAUUUACCGCCUAGCCCUUCGCCUAGAUCAUCAGCUGUACGAAAAUUCUUCGCUUCUGCUGCAAAGAGCCCUUUACGUCCUGGAAAGAUUCGAACGACUUCCAUCAAUACGCUCAUGUCUCCUGGAAGACCUUCUUUCCAAGCAGGAAGUCCGAAUGAUGUUGCAUUCCCAGUCUCUCCUGCUUUGCCUUCUGGACAAAGUUCAAUGUUUGCUGAUGUAUGGAAACAAGAGAGUCCAAGUCCCAGAACGAAUGGGAAUGCGCAUGCUGGAAUGCCGAGCGGAUCAAGCUUUAAUAGCACUUCAGGCUAUCCUUUGACUCAAUCUGCUUCUACAUCCUCGUUGCAACAAGUAUCUCAAGACUAUUCUUCGCAAAGCAGUAGUCCGAUCGCCCAAUUAAGACAAGUAGGUAUACCCCGUGGAAUGCCAUCGCAAAGUUUGCAUUCUUCCACUUCUCUUAACGAUAGCCUUCAUAAAGAAUGGAUUGCGCAUAAUGGAUCUUCUUCUGCUUUGAAUGGAGGUGGUACAGGAGGAUCUUCAAUAAAUGCCGAAAGUAUUUAUAGCAAUCAAUCUUCACGAAAUAUCACUUCACAAAGGAUGAUUGAUUCAUCACAACCUCAAAUACAAGCAACAAACGAAGCUGACCUUCAAGCAUUUGGCAGAAUGUUACGUGAAAGUGCAAAAGAAGACGCUCAACGUGUUCGUCAAAUCGCCAAAAGAAGUGUUUCGGCAAAUAAUACCCCUCGUUUACCAUGAUCUUUUUAUUCUAUCAAAACUUUGUACUUUUUUUCAUCUCCCUUUUGUGAAUUAUCGAAGAAAAAAUGCUAUGGAAAAGGAUCACGAUUUUUUACUCAUUGUGAUGGCAUUGCAUUAAACCU